UCAUACCCGCACUUCAUUUUCAAGCACUCUAUUUUUUCUUAGAGAAGACUGUUACGCAUAAACUUCUUCUUGUUUUAGACAGAGAAAACAGAAAAGGAAAACAAAAAUGGAGAAAGCAAUCAACAGGCAACGUGUUCUUCUUGAUCACCUCCGUCCUUCUUCUUCUUCUCACAAUUUUGAAUCCACUCUUUCUGCAUCCGCUUGUUUGGCUGGAGAUAGCGCUGCGUAUCAAAGGACUUCGGCGUAUGGAGAUGAUGUUGUGAUUGUUGCAGCAUAUCGAACUCCGCAAUGCAAAUCAAAGCGUGGUGGUUUCAAGGAUACUCACGCUGAUGAUUUACUAGCACCUGUGUUGAAGGCGUUGAUAGAGAAAACUAAUCUGGAUCCAAGAGAAGUUGGGGAUAUUGUUGUGGGUUCGGUAUUGGCUCCAGGAUCUCAAAGAGCAAGUGAAUGCAGGAUGGCUGCAUUCUAUGCUGGUUUCCCUGAAACUGUGCCGAUAAGGACUGUCAACAGGCAAUGUUCGUCUGGGCUUCAGGCAGUUGCUGAUGUGGCUGCUUCUAUCAAAGCAGGGUUCUAUGAAAUUGGCAUUGGAGCCGGGCUGGAAUCCAUGACAAUUAAUCAAAUGUCAUGGGAUGGAGAUGUGAAUCCAAAGCUAAAGAAUUUUCAAAAAGCCCAAGAUUGCCUUCUACCCAUGGGUAUUACUUCAGAGAAUGUUGCACAUCGUUUUGGUGUGACAAGGCAGGAGCAGGAUCAGGCAGCAGUUGAUUCUCAUAGGAAGGCUGCUGCUGCUACUGCUUCUGGCAGAUUCAAGGAUGAAAUCAUCCCUGUCGCUACAAAGAUUGUCGACCCUAAAACUGGUGAUGAGAAGCCCAUCGUAGUGUCUGUUGAUGAUGGGAUUCGCCCAGAGACAUCAGUAGCAGGUCUGGGAAAAUUAAAGACCGUGUUUAAGAAAGAUGGGACCACCACUGCUGGAAAUUCUAGCCAAAUCAGUGAUGGUGCUGGAGCUGUGUUGCUCAUGAAAAGAAGUGUUGCUGUGCAAAAAGGACUGCCCAUUCUUGGUGUAUUCAGGACAUUUGCUGCUGUUGGUGUGGAUCCUGCCAUCAUGGGUGUAGGCCCAGCUGUUGCAAUUCCAGCUGCAGUGAAGGCUGCUGGUUUAGAACUUGAGGAUAUUGAUCUUUUUGAAAUAAAUGAGGCAUUUGCUUCCCAGUUUGUAUAUUGCCGCAAGAAGUUAGAGCUUGAUCCACAGAAGAUCAAUGUCAACGGGGGUGCAAUGGCCAUUGGACAUCCUCUGGGUGCAACAGGUGCUAGAUGUGUGGCUACCUUACUGCAUGAGAUGAAGCGUCGUGGCAGGGACUGUCGCUUCGGGGUGGUGUCAAUGUGCAUAGGCACAGGAAUGGGAGCUGCUGCUGUUUUUGAAAGGGGGGAUGGCUGUGAUGAGCUAUGCAACGGCGGUCGGAAAGUCGAAAGCAACAAUCUCUUAUCCAGGGAUUCACGAUAGUCGCAUGUGAUGGGCGUAUCGCAGAUGUUUCCAAUAAAUGCAGUUUGGAGUUAUUUUAUUAUUCAUAAUAAUAAAGUGUAAGAAGGUGGCUCUAUAUUCAGUUAAACAAAUAGAACGCAGAAGGCGAGUCCGAUCGCCUAUAUUGUGAUAUUUUCAUGUAAUGAAAUAUUCCUCAUUAUAGUC